AUGGCCGGCCUCGGGCGGCCGGGUCCGGGGCCGCGCGCCGCGCUGCCCGCCUGGAAGCGCGAGGUCCUGGAGCGGAAACGGGCCAAGCUGGCCGCGCUGGGCGGCGGGGCGGCGGAGCGCACGGGCGCAGCCGAGCCGUGCGUGCUGGCCGAGAGCCUGGGCCCGCUGCGCGAGAACCCGUUCAUGCGGUUGGAGUCGGAGCGGCGGCGCGGCGCGGCGGGGCUACAGAAGACCGGCAGCAACUCCUUCACCGUCCACCCCCGGGGCCUGCACCGCGGCGCGGGCGUCCGCGCGCUCCCCAACGGGCCCGCGGCCCCCGGUCCCCGGGCCGGCCCUGCCAACGGCCUCGCGGGCUCCCCGCCUGGGCCGGGCGAGUGGAAGCCAAAGGCGGAGUCGGGGGAGCCCUCGCUCCACGCGCCCCCCAGCCCCGGGACCCCGAGUGCCACUCCAACCGCGCCCACUACCUUCCCCGAGCUCCGUCCUGCCAGUGCCACUCCCAGCCAGCGCCAGUGGGUCUCCGCGGCCACCAGCGCCAACGACUCCUUCGAGAUACGGCCAGCUCCCAAGCCAGACAUGGAGACUGUCCCCUCGGGGGACCUCCAGGCCCGGGCCCUGGCCAGCCUCCGAGCGAACUCGCGGAACUCCUUUGUGUUCAUCCCUAAGCGCAAGGCUUGUGGGGCCCCUUCUCCCGAGGGCAGGCAGUCUGGGGAGCUGCAACAGGGAGAGGUGGGCUGGGCCUCCCAGAGCCAGAGGCUGGGAGCCCAGCUGGUGCCUGGAGGGGACGGUGCACCUGCUCUCGGGAAGAGCUCCUUGGGGAUUGAGGAGCAGGGUUGUCCCAGGCCAGCCAUCGCCCUCACUGACCGGGCCAUUAGGCGGCAGAGGUCAUCGUCACCACCCCCGUUCCUGCCGGCCACCGACGAAGCCGAGCCUGCCGAGGGCUGCAGGGGUCUCGGCUUGGCCAAGAAUGGCCGGGAGCAUGGUAGGCCGGGGCUGCCUGUGACUCUCAUUGACGAGGUGGACUCGGAGGAGGAAGCGCCCCAAGAAGCCAAACUGCCCUGCUCUGGGGGUGGUGUGCCUCCCCAGUACCGCCCGCACCCUGCCAGGCCUGGGCAUACAUCCGAACUCCAGCACCGAGGGAACAACACCUUUACAGUGGUGCCCAAGAGGAGGCCAGAGGCCCUGCGGGGGCAGCACCCUGGACAGGCCGGCGGGGAGCCCCCGCCACAGGAGGCCAAGGAAGAGGAGGCUGGUUUCCUCUCGGGGCCCCAAGCUGCCCUGGGGUCCACGCUGAAGAAACGCUACCCCACUGUGCACGAGAUUGAGGUGAUUGGCGGCUACCUGGCCCUGCAGAAGUCCUGUCUCACCAAGGCUGGCUCCUCAAGAAAGAAGAUGAAGAUCUCCUUCAACGACAAGAGCCUUCAGACCACAUUCGAGUACCCUUCCGAGAGCUCCCUGGUGCAGGAGGAAGAGGAGGAAGAGGAAGAAGGGGAAGGGGGGGAGGAGGAGGAGGAUGACGAGGAGGAGGAGGUUGAAUCCAGCUCAGAGGAGAAACCCUUUGUGCUCUUCCUGCCCCGGGCCACGUUUGUGAGCGGUGUGGGGCCUGAGAGCCCUCGGCUGCCAGAAGGCAAUGCAGGCCUGUCCAGCUACACCCCAAAGCACUCUGUGGUCUUUGGCAAGUGGCAGGAAAAGACCCCAGAGCAGACCCCGAGUGAGGCGGAGCCCCCACCCAAGGAGCUCACGCUCACACCUGCCAGUCAGAACGACCUCGCGGACUUCUGCAGUGAGCCUGCCCUCCAUUUCUGACCAGGACGGCCAAGGCCAAGCUCAGUGGGGGUCCCGGGAGCCAGGCCAUUCCUAGGAGUCCCCCACUUUACACCCCUUGCCCAGACCCUGGCCGCUCUGCCUGGCCCUGACUCACCCUGACCUCCUGGGUCCUCACACCCGUGCUGGCCCUGGAAGCAGCCAGGGCUUCUCUUAUCACUGGGGCUGGGUCUCACCCCUGGCCCUGGUUUGGGGGCUCCAAGGAAGAGCAGAGGUGGGGGAGGGCCAGGGUCCUGCAGGAUGGUGACCUGUCUGUGACCAGGUGGGGGCCUGAGCAGAUUCUGCACCAGGCUGCUCUCCGUCCUGCCCGCCAAGCCUUCCUCCCAGGGGCUGUGGGGCAUGUCUGGGGUGAAGGCCUGUCCUAGCUUCCUGCUCCCGGUGGGAACUUCAGGCCCUUGUCCCCAGCCACAUUCCCUUCAUGGUGGAGCUCAGCUGUC